CCCCUAUUAUGUCCAACACCCUCGUACAAACUACAAAGCAAAUUAUUCUUUUUUUUCUUUCUAAUUAAUCAUUUUCAUCUUUAUUAUACCUACUAUAUAAGAGACAUUACAAAUUUCCAACUUCUUAACAGAGCAUUCAACAACAAGAAUCAUCAGAAACAAUUAGCAGUACAAAAUUUCAAUACAACUUGAUCAUCAAUCAACAUUAUUGAUCCUUCAAGAAUGCUUUCUAAUACUUUCAUUCUCUCUUUCUUCUUCAUAAUCUUUUUAUUUUCUCCACAUAUUAUUACAGCUACCUUUAAUAAUCUUACACUUCCACAUCAACACCCUUUUCCUGAAUCUGUUGUUCAAGAUGUAAAGAGGAGGGUCAAUGAAUCCAUUUCAAGAAGGCAAAUACUUGACAACACAGUAACAAAUAGCCAAUGUCUAACGGGCAAUCCGAUAGACGACUGCUGGCGGUGUGACCCGAACUGGGUCAACAACCGCCAACAGCUAGCGGAUUGCGCCAUAGGGUUCGGCCACGGUGCAGUUGGAGGGAAAGGAGGCCGCUACUACCUGGUCUCGGAUCCCUCCGACAUUGACACUGUGAACCCGACCCCUGGCACCCUCCGGCACGCGGUGAUCCAAGAGGAACCCCUCUGGAUCACCUUUGCCGGAGACAUGAUCAUAACGCUCACACACGAGCUUAUGAUCAACAAUUUCAAGACCAUAGAUGGACGUGGCGUGAACGUCCAAGUCACGGGGGGUGGAUGUAUAACACUACAAUAUGUUACAAAUGUGAUCAUACACAAUAUACAUGUAUACAAUUGUGUUCCAUCAGGAAAUAGUAACAUAAGGCAAAGUCCAACACAAGUUGGAUGGAGAGGAUUGUCUGAUGGUGAUGGAAUUUCAAUCUAUAGUUCAAGAAAUAUUUGGAUUGAUCAUUGUGCUUUGUCUCAUUGUACUGAUGGCUUAAUUGAUGCUAUCAUGGGAUCAACUGCUAUUACUAUAUCUAAUAGCUAUUUCACUCACCAUGAUAAAGUUAUGCUUUUGGGACACGACGAUCGUUACGUAGCCGAUGUCGGCAUGCAGGUGACAAUAGCAUUUAAUCACUUUGGACAAGGAUUAGUACAAAGAAUGCCGAGGUGUAGAAGAGGAUACAUACAUGUAGUUAACAAUGAUUUUACAGAAUGGCAAAUGUAUGCAAUUGGUGGAAGUGCUAAUCCCACAAUUAACAGCCAAGGCAAUCGUUUUACUGCACCAGAAGAUCCAAAUGCCAAAGAGGUGACAAAGCGAGUAGACGUAGACGAGAGGGAUUGGACUCAGUGGAACUGGAGGACUGAAGGGGAUCAAAUGGUGAAUGGGGCAUACUUUGUUCCUUCAGGUGACGGAAUUAGCAACCAAUAUGCCUUGGCAUCAAGCAUGGAGCCUAAAUCUGCUUUUUACAUUGAUCAACUCACCACGAAUGCUGGUGUUAUUGGUGUAGCCAGGGAUACCAGUGUGGCCAUGUCAUAUGGUGGGCGAACCAGAACCACUGUUGGAACCAACCGGAACGGCGGUGCUAGGCGUAAAGAGGAUGAUGGUGACUUCUUAGAAAAGGUAUUUGGGAGCAUUGCAUCGGCGGGAUCAUCAUCAUCACCACCUUCAACUACCACCAUCUUGUUGUCUCUUCUAAUUUUGUAUAUUACCACCAAUAAUGGUGGGCUAUUAACAUUCCCAUUACUACUCUUACGAUAGUAAUUUAAGAGAGAAUGAAUGUUAUAACAAAGAAAGUACCUAAAGAAAAUUUUCUAUCUUACAUGAUCAGUUACAUAGUU